AUGACUGGUGGCGGUUUCUUGACAACGAUUGAUAUUUUCAUGCCAAUACCUUUGCUUCUCGACAUAAAGCACACAGACCGGAAGCUGCCUGGCCAGCUCAUUGGAAAUGCGCAGUUAACAGGAUUCCUGGGUCUCCCAGGCCCGUCUUUGUUCCUCCUCUCACUGACUCAUUGUCUUUGUUUUUCCUGCCCAGGUUGCCUGUUUGAGAAUGGGUUGUGUGGACCAUCAGAGGCCUGCGUAAAUGAUGGAGUAUUUGGAAGAUGCCAGAAGGUUCCGGCGAGAGACACAUACCGCUAUGAAGUGUCACCAGUGGUUCUGCAGCACCUGAGGGUCACCCUGCAGAAGCUGUCCCGCACAGGUUUUACAUGGCGGGAUGACUAUACCCAGCAUGUGAUGGCCCAGGAACUUGCAAACCUCCCCAAAACCUACCCAAGGCAUCCUGAAGCUUCCAGCUCAGCCAGGACCUCAAAACAGAAUGUGGAUACUGAUAUGAGACACAGCCUGGAAGAUGAUGUCACCUUGGCCAAGACACUGCAGCGCUACCUGCCAUACUUGGGGGCUCUGUCCCAGGCCACAGCCUCAAACGUGUACCCCAGGAAGAAGCAGGACAAAGCCACAACCGAGGGUUACAGCCCAUUUCCUGACAGCAUCCUGACUUAUGUGGCACACACGUCUGCACUGACCUAUCCUCCCGUGUCCCGGACGAAGUACCCGGAGGAGCUCUCACCUCGGGCCUUCAGCCGACUGCAGCCGGAUGAACUGAGCCCCAAGGUGGACAGCAGUAUGGAUAGGCAGCACCUGAUUGCAGCCCUCAGUGCGUACACUGCGCAGAGGUCCCCUGCAACCUCCAGGGAGGGUGAUCCAGGGCUGCAGUACCUUCUGCGUGCUCCCUCAAGAGCACCAAGGCCCUUCUUGGCACCAUCAGUCUCCCAGAAGUGGUCUUCACCUCCAGGAGACCCCAAAGACCCCAGCAUGGAUGAUGAAGUCCUCCAGAAUCUGCUGAAGGAUCUGAGGAAGCAGCAAGCAGAUGUGGACAGCCUGAGCUCCCUGGAGCUGGAUGAGAUGGCACACGUGAUUGCCAGUGCAAUACAAGGUGGGGAUGCAGGAGGAGGCCAGGCUACCCGUGGAAGAGGAGCUGGAGGAGAGCCGAGAGGGCAGGUGGACAGCCCCGCAGCCAUGCUCCAAGAUAACAGAGCCCACGGUGACGAUGAUGAUGAAAGAGCUUACCAAGAGGUCAAUCGUUUGAGUGUCAAACUCGGUGACCUGUUGCAGGACCAUGGAUCUCAACUUGCUCCUGGAAGUCCCACCCUUGCGAAGCCAUUCAAAACAGAGAUGAAGAAAUCAGAGGAGCCUGAGGCUUCCCUGUCUUCCGAAGAGGAGAAUGCUGGGGUGGAAGAUGUGAAAAGCCAGACUUACUCCAAAGACCUGCUCGAGAUGCCGUAUUCAGAACCCAGGCUUAGGCUCGAGGAGCCCCCAGACUGGACCCAAGGGCCUGUGAAGGAGGAGCAGAGUCUCCCAACCAGAGUGCGAGGACCCGCCAGUGACACUUUGCAGCUGGAGGUCAAGUCCUCAGAGGAAGACGAGUAUGGCUACGUGGUGACGCAACACGACCCCCUGAGCCUGGAGAAGGGGAAGCAGCUGAUGGAGGACAUUGCCCGCCUCCUGCACAUGCCGCCGAGCAUUUUCUCGGACAUCAAUGUUGUGGGAUCCGCAGUGACCUUCAAGGUGAAUGCCAAUGUCCACAAUGUGACCACUGCUGACAUUGCCAAGACCACAGCUGACCACAAAGACAAGCUGGAACAAACCUCAGGACUGAAAAUCCUUCAAACUGGAACGGGGUCGAAAAGCCAGCUCAAGCUCCUGCCUCAUCAGGCAGAGCAAGAAGACUCCACCAAGUUUGUUGUGCUCACCUUCCUCUCGGUUGCCUGCAUCGUGGGGGUCCUCCUGACUUCCGGUCUCAUCUACUGCAUCCGCCACAGCUCUCACUACAAGCUGAGAGAGAAGCUGUCCGGACUAGGGGGCCACCCAGGCGCAGAUGCCACGGCUGCGUACCAGGAACUGUGCCGCCAACGCAUGGCUGUGCGGCCAUCGGACCGCCCCGAAGGCCAACACACAUCCCGCAUCAACAGCGUCUCCUCCCAGUUCAGUGACGGGCCAAUGCCCAGCCCCUCGGCCCGGAGCAGUACCUCGUCCUGGUCCGAGGAGCCCGUCCAGUCAAACAUGGACAUCUCCACUGGCCACAUGAUCCUGGCUUACAUGGAGGACCACUUGAAGAACAAGAACCGCCUGGAGAAGGAGUGGGAAGCGCUCUGCGCCUACCAGGCAGAGCCCAACAGCUCGCUCGUGGCCCAGAGGGAGGAAAAUGUGCCCAAGAACCGCUCCCCGGCAGUGCUGACCUAUGACCACUCCAGGAUCCUGCUGAAAUCAGAAAACAGCCACAGCAAUUCGGACUACAUCAAUGCCAGCCCCAUCAUGGAUCAUGACCCAAGGAAUCCUGCCUACAUCGCCACCCAAGGACCACUUCCCGCUACCGUGGCCGACUUCUGGCAGAUGGUGUGGGAGAGCGGCUGUGUGGUUAUCGUCAUGCUGACACCCCUCACGGAGAAUGGCGUCCGCCAGUGCUACCACUACUGGCCCGAUGAAGGCUCCAACCUCUACCAUGUCUAUGAGGUCAAUCUGGUCUCCGAGCACAUCUGGUGUGAGGAUUUCCUGGUGAGGAGCUUCUAUCUCAAGAACCUGCAGACCAACGAGACACGCACGGUGACCCAGUUCCACUUCCUGAGUUGGUAUGACCAGGGAGUCCCUUCCUCCACAAGGCCUCUCCUGGAUUUCCGAAGAAAAGUAAACAAGUGCUACAGGGGCCGUUCUUGUCCAAUAAUUGUUCAUUGCAGUGACGGCGCAGGCAGGAGCGGCACCUACGUCCUGAUUGACAUGGUUCUCAAUAAGAUGGCCAAAGGUGCUAAGGAGAUUGAUAUCGCGGCAACCCUGGAGCACUUGAGGGACCAGAGACCAGGCAUGGUCCAGACAAAGGAGCAGUUUGAGUUUGCGCUGACGGCCGUGGCCGAGGAGGUGAACGCCAUUCUGAAGGCCCUCCCGCAGUGAGCGGCGUGGCCCUCCGGAGCCUCGCAGGAGCCCCUCCCGCCCCCUGGGAAUCGUGCUAUGAUUUUCAUUUUGUGUCUGCUGUUGUCACUGCGUAGUAAUAGGGUCCUUCUUACCACUCCCGCAGUCAGUAUAGUUUAGCAAUUAAAAUGCGCAUUUCCGUUUGACCAGAUGAUCAUCCCAAGAGAUUGUGGAGCUGUUCGGUUAUUUUCACUUUAAGGACGCCAUUACUUUCCCUUCACGCACACGUUCACGCUCUCUGACUUGCCAAUGCUGCCGCGUGGGUGAUGCAGCCACGAGUACAUGCAGCCUGGUCUCCAACACAACUGGGCUGUAGUCUUAUAGGCUUCUGCCAACAGUGGGCCCAGGGACAGCUGGAAGAGCACCCAGUGCAGGUUGCCGGGGUAGAAAUCCCAUUUGGCAUUUGUCUUUAAAAUAAUUCGUCAGCAGGCUAGCCGAGUGCCUUUCCCACUUGUGGUGAAAGAUAAGAAAAUCAGCAUAGCGGGAGCUCCAGCAGACAGUGGUCCUCCCUCCCCCUCCAGACCCUGCUCCCUACGGGGAGCACCUCCUUCGGAGGCCAGGACCUCACCUGACUGCCUCAGGGUUGCAAAGUUCCACCUGCGCCCUGGUGAUGUGUUUUGAAUGUGAAAAUACUGAUUUCUGCAUUGCCUAGCCAGAGGCUGCUGAGGAAUAUAGUGCUGUGGGAGAACUGAAAUCAACCGGAGCUGACCUGGUCACUGACGUCCAGGGAACACCCCAGGCCCUACUGGGCUAAGAGAAAACUCUGAGCAAUUCCUCCCUGAGGCGUGGGGAUGGCAGCCCCAAACCACUGCCUUUGACACCAUGUAAACACAAGUGCAUGGGGACAAUUCGAAUUUGGAAAAUAGCAUUGGAGAUCAGGUUAACUGCCCAGCCUUCCCCCUCAGAAAGAGCAGAAUUCGCUUCAGUCCACUCAGGACCAAGUCUGCAUGGAGGUGUUUCUGCGUGCUAAAAGUUUCUCAUCUAAGGUUAAAUGCAAAAAAAAAAAAAAAAACAAAGCCCCCGACCCACUGUGUUCCCCACUAUCUUUUCUGUCUGGAAUAGAUCUCAGAAAGCAUUUGAAAGAGGGAAAGUGGCCUGCUGACCGGGGAGAAAGAUGCCAAAACAUUGUCUUUAAACCAUAUUGUGACGGACUUCUGCUUUCAUAUAUCUGUCAUUUCUUUUCCAAAGUUCUUUCCUCUAUCUGAAAUUUACAUAAUGAAUAGAAUGAAUCUAUCUGAAUUAUAGGAAGCAUAUACCUACUUGUAAUUUCUAACUUCAAAGAAAUCCUCCAGUGUGAGAUAUAUAAAUAUAUUUAGUUGUGUCAUAUUAAA